GGAAGUUCCAUGUUAUCGCGGAGUUGUCUGCAGGAGUCAUACUCGCCUUCGCUCCCGCACUGUCCAGCGCGACGGUUCGACACGGUGAUCAUUGACGACCAGCUUGUGCACUUGCGACAUGUCAACUCGCACCAUGUCGUCCAAGGCCAAGGGGCAUCCACCCACGGCAAAGGCUCGUACACGGAAAGUCCUGCGGGCGGUGAACACCAAUGUCCUCUCGUAUGAUCGCACGGAUCCGUUCACUGCGCUGAGUUCGCUGCGAAUGCUGCUCGCGUCUCUGCCCUCCCGGAUCGGCGGGUGCCAGUUCAAACUCUCUCCCGAUGAGCACAAGCUCUCCCUACACCUGUUGACGAUCGUGGAGCCUUUCGUCGGGCUUGCGCCGUCCCGCCGCACACUGACGCGCCAGCCUACCGAGAUACUCGACGCGAUCAUCGCACACGUCGACGAGAAGCGCGACCUGCUCGCGUGCGCGUUGUCGUGCCGCCGGCUGUACAACAUCAUCUUCCCGAGGCAUUAUGACUAUCGCGUCGUGCGGUGCAAGGUCAGCUCACUGCGUGUGUGGAAUCACCUCAUCGUCCACCGCGCGCUUGCCCGGAAUAUCCGCCGCCUGGAGGUGCUCGACGAGCGUUCCACCGAGCCCGAGUCUGUGCCCUCAGAUAUCCUCGCCUCCGAUACCGAUAUCGAGUCUACUGACGAUGAGUUGGGCAUGCACGACAAGCAGGGCCGUCUACUGGCUUCCGCCAUGGCGAGGAUGUCUUCUUUGCAGACCUUCGUUUGGUCUUGCAAUCACUCUCCCAUCUCCAUAGGCGACGUCUGGCCCACUCUCAUGAAAUGUCAGACGCUUAGGCAGGUCGAGAUUAGCGACAACCUGAUCUUCACACCAACCGCUGCGGGUGAGGUUGAGGUUGAGCACAGUGGAGGGUCGAGCCGCAGGAAUCGUCAACCCGUCCUGCCCUCGCUGAAGAUUGUCAAUCUUCAGUCGACCAAGUACACCUACGGGGCGACGAAGAAUCCCAACAUGUCCCGCAUAUCCGGCAUGCUCGCAAACUGUGCAGCAAUUGAGUCCCUGAACGUGACAUAUACGACCCGCCGUGCCCCGGGAUUCUCUAAUCCUGUUACAGAUGACUUCCUUCUGUGUGGGCGGUGGCCACGUCUGAAGAGCCUAGUGCUCACCAACCUUCGGUGCUCUUCGCAAGCUGCCCUCGACACUAUGUCGACCUUCCUCUUCGCACAUCUCGAUCUGGAGGUUCUGCACCUGGAUGUCGCUUUGGGCAGCGGACAGGCAGGAGGGACUGCCGGAAACCGCCAAUCGCUGUCCCUCCUUCCGAACUGCCUUCCUCGUCUGCGCGAGUUGAAGGCCAGUAAGGAGGUCAUGAGCGCCGUCCUAAAAUGCCCGUGCGCGGUGUCGGAGGGAGGGAGACCGUUGGAGACGAUCAAGGGCGUGUCGUUGAGCGGGUCGAAAUGGGAUGGGGUGUUCCUGUCGAGCUUGAAACAGCAUGGCACGACCGUGAAAAGGCUUGAGCUGGCCAGCUGGAACGACAUGGACGAUGUUAGGAAGGUGGCGGAAUGCGCUCCGCAACUUAUAUGGCUCGAUAUUGGGAAGAGGAUUGGGAACGGAGCAGCGAACUCUCACGCCAGCACGAGUUCUCACACGGGCAGAGCCGCUCCUGCAAUUAGCACGCAAUUCGCCGAAUGGGCAAACAUCCUCUCGCAGAUGUCCAACCUCACGACCUUCCACGGUGUGCGCUUCUUCUACGAAAUCGCGCCAACAGCACUGGCACCGGGCACGGCGAUGACGCUGUCAGAUCGCAGUCGCGUACGCAAAAAUGACGAGGUGGCGUCUCUGCUCGCACGGAAGUGCGGUAAGCUCAGGAGGCUGGACCAUUGGGAGGAAGGCUCCGGCAAGGUAAUCGUCUUGCUCAGAGAUGAAGACAAGGUCCGGUAUGAGGUCAGGAGGCUGGGUGCUAGAGCUUGAAAUUUAUGAUGCGGUAAAAGCUGUGUAUGAUUAGUACACCCACACAAGAAGUUAGCUGCAUAUCUGGCACCUACAAUAGCAUCAUGAAGCGUGCUUUAUC